UUCUAAGCCUUUCAGUCCUCCUGAGAAAGCAAGGUACCUGGUGUCUGCGCACCCUGCCAUAGUCGCUUGAAUACCACAGAGUAUAUAGAUCCCAUCAGGAGGAGGAGACGCUUCUCAGGAAUGAUAAAACAACGAGCAAAGCAAGAACUGCCAGGCCGGCUGGGUGUCCCAAUGGCUGAAGAGAAGACCAAAUAUAACUCUACUGUCAGUGAAGUCACCAUUGUGAACCUGCAGCCUGAGAAAAAUCCCACUCUCAUCUUGCCAGGAUGGAAGCCAGGAAGUGAACAUAGAAACCUUGGUUUCCAUCCUCCUUCUCCAAGAAUUUCAGAGAAGAGGCUAUCCCAGGGAGAGAAAAAAUUGUGGCCAGAGAAGGCGAAAAAAGAGGCGGCUUUGUCUCCCAGCCUGCACCGUGCAAAUGAGUUUGGUAGCACAGAGAAUGUCACCUUGAAGAGGCCAGUAAAAUUGGCCCCUCUAGAGAUCCCUGUGGAAGUAAAAGAAGCCCAGCUCCAAAAGAUUAUGAGUAUCCAGAGAGAAGCCCAAAUGGCUGCUCAGAAGCUGAGUGUUAUCAACUCCAUCAGCAAUGAACCCCAUGUGAAAAGGGUGAAGAAUCUGGCUCAGGGAGAGCUGGAAAACCUUCAAAAGACAAAGGUGAGUGAGAAGACUGCCCUGGAGAAUAAAGAUGAUCUCCUACCCCCUAAAAGCAGCAAACCCUUGGGAGAAAUUCAAAUUAUUUUGCCUCCAGAGACAACCUCUAAGUUGACUAAACAACCAGGUGUUGAAGAGGCUCCCAAGACACUCCGUAAACCAUUAAUCCCCACUCUCCGGGUGUCUGACAUGCAUGAAGAGUCUAACAGCCCUGACAGCAUCCCUGAUCCUUGCCAGAAUGUUUCUCGGCGCCGAUUCAGAGUAAUGCACACAAAAGAGCAGCAGGAAGAUCAUGGGAAAGCCAAACCCUUAAACGUAAUGGAUCCAAGUAUGGGAGAAGGCAAGCAGAAAUCUGCAGGUCAACGAACACAAAAAACCCUCAGUGAUGCAAGCAAGCUCAUUGAGAAUGUGGCCAAAAAGCAGAAGGAACGAGGAGCAAAGCAAGGGGAAAUGGAUGAAGCCUCUUUUGCAAGAAGGCAGUCUAUUCGAAGGAUGGCCUUGGGAGACAUCAUCCAGGUGGAUGAAGACUGAAUAUCACACACCAGGUAAUGCACAGGAGAUUUAGACACAACAACUACCCAGUAAAAUGUUUUAGGCUGGCUGCUUAGAUAGAAGUCUUCAGGAGAGAGCCUGGAGACAUCAGUAGAUUAGAGAUUGAAAAUAAAUCAAAUCGUUGAACACCUCUGUCAUGAGAUGACAUGUCUCUGAGAUGACAAGUGGGUCACAGGGCAAGUAUCCUCCUACUCUGCUCAACACUAGAAAGGCCCCAGGUACAGUGCUGAGUCCAGUGUGGAGUAUAACUUUUCAAGACAUAUGUGGACCGUGCAGGAAAAAAUCUGAAUGUGGACUGGGUGGAGGGGCCAAGAGAAAACCAGGAACCUAGAAAAUAUUGUGUCUGGACCAAAAUGAAAAGAAAGAACAUCAUGUGCUCCUGAGGGUACAGCCUUCCCACUUUCAGCUGUGCAAGUUUGUUUCAGAAAGACAAGAGUAAAACGUUCUUCAUAUCUAUUGUUGGCAGAACAAAAAGUUAUUAGCUUAAGAUUUAGCAAGAGGUAUUUAAAUUAGAAAAGGAGAAACACUUUUAAACACUAUAAACACUGAAGGAUACUGUUUACAGAGGUGGGAAUCUCUGUCAUUGAAAUCUUAAAUAAUACAUUAGAUGAACACCUGCCAAGAAUGAUUUCAGAAGACCUAAUCCUGCAUUCAGUCACAACAAGGACCAGAUGAUCCGUAAUGUCCUUCAACAUCUAUUUUCUUAUAUUGUAUGGUCUAUCUUUUCAGUUGUCCACUUGCAGGGCAACUAACCAAACCAUGUAGUGCAAAAAUGUAUAAUAAAAAUAACUUUUCACUUUCAA